GCGUGGCUGUGUAUUGGAAGAGUGCCCUCUGUUCACUCGCCUACCUCUGUCCAACGAAUAGCCGUUGUUUCAACAUUUGCUGAGCGCUAAAACCAGCGCUGGUACCGAACAUGGCGCGUUGGUGGCCAAUUGUGUCCGUUUUGCUGUUCUGCUGUGCAGAUGCCCAACAUCAGGACAAGCUUGAGGGCGUUGAUGUUGAAGAAGUGUGCGCGGAUCGUCCCGCUGAUGAAUAUUUCCGUUUAGAUACGGAGAACGAUUGCCGUGAAGUUUACAGGUGCGACAGUGCCGGAGAAGAUGGCAGCAAUCGCUUGGCACCGAUCCGCUGUGCCGGCGGCUUGGCGUUCGAUGUGUUGCGUCAGCUGUGCGAUUGGAAGACGAAUGUUAAGAAUUGCGAUAUCGAUCAAAAACCCCGCAAGGCGCAGCCCAUAUUGAAGACAGAUGAGCCCAUCUGUCCCGAUGGCAAGCUCUCCUGCGGCGAUGGCGAGUGCCUGGACAAGGAGCUCUUCUGCAACGGCAAGCCCGAUUGCAAGGAUGAGUCCGAUGAGAAUGCCUGCUCUGUUGAUGAGGAUCCCAACCGUGCACCUGAGUGCGAUCCCACGCAGUGCGCUCUGCCCGAUUGUUUCUGCUCCGCGGACGGCACACGCAUUCCCGGCGGCAUUGAGCCCCAGCAGGUGCCACAGAUGAUCACCAUUACGUUCAACGGUGCCGUCAAUGUGGACAAUAUCGAUUUGUACGAUGACAUCUUCAAUGGCCAGCACCAGAAUCCCAAUGGCUGCUCCAUCAAGGGUACAUUCUUUGUCUCUCACAAAUAUACCAACUACUCGGCUGUGCAGGAUCUGCAUCGUCGCGGCCACGAAAUCUCCGUUUUCUCGCUGACGCACAAGGAUGACCCCAACUACUGGAGCGGCGGCAGCUACGAUGACUGGCUGGCCGAGAUGGCGGGCUCCCGUUUGAUUGUGGAACGUUUCGCUAACAUCACAGAUGGCUCCAUCAUUGGCAUGCGUGCGCCCUACCUGCGUGUGGGUGGCAACAAGCAGUUCGAGAUGAUGGCGGAUCAGUUCUUUGUGUACGAUGCCUCCAUUACCGCCUCGCUGGGACGUGUGCCCAUCUGGCCAUAUACCCUGUAUUUCCGUAUGCCGCACAAGUGCAAUGGCAAUGCCCACAACUGCCCGUCGCGUAGCCAUCCCGUCUGGGAGAUGGUUAUGAAUGAGCUGGAUCGUCGUGAUGAUCCCACCUUUGAUGAGUCGUUGCCCGGUUGCCACAUGGUUGACUCGUGCUCGAACGUCGCCUCUGGCGACCAGUUCGCACGUCUAUUGCGCCACAAUUUCAAUCGCCACUACAAUAGCAACCGCGCACCUCUCGGUCUCCACUUCCAUGCCUCGUGGCUCAAGUCGAAGAAGGAGUAUCGCGAUGAGCUGGUCAAGUUCAUUGAGGAGAUGCUUGGACGCAACGAUGUGUUCUUUGUGACCAAUCUGCAGGUCAUCCAGUGGAUGCAGAACCCCACAGAGCUCAACUCGCUGCGCGACUUCCAGGAGUGGAAGGAGAAAUGCGAUGUCAAGGGUCAGCCCUACUGCUCGCUGCCCAACGCCUGCCCGCUGACCACACGCGAGCUGCCCGGCGAGACGCUGCGUCUGUUCACCUGCAUGGAGUGCCCCAAUAACUAUCCCUGGAUCCUCGAUCCCACUGGCGAUGGCUUCUCCGUUUAAGCUGAGGCCAGAGCACAGCUCUCUUUCUAAUUCCUUUCCAAAAAAAAAAAACAAAACAAAACAAAAAAGAGAACAACGCAUUAGUAGUUCAACCGAGAGUCUGAUAAACUAAACACAAAACCUACACAA